AUUGACAGACUUCGGAUAAAGCUCAAUCUUUGUUAACGUGCCUCUGACUAAAAAUUGCAAAUGUACUUUUAAAACGUAUUGUAACUAAUUCCUAAACACUUCGAGUAUCAAAAUUUAUAGAUCAUACUCUUCAUCUUUAAUGGAGGAUCUAAGGAAUUUAUUAUUUAAAUCACACAAAGAGAUCACACAAAGUUUUAACUACGAAACGUUGGAUUUUGUAAUAACAUGUCGAUUUAUGAAGAAGCUAAAAUAAAUAAUUUAAUUCUAAUGAAACUUUGACUCACAUUGGUAGUGAUAAUAAUUGUAUGCAAUGCAAAACGUAUUCGUUGUUUUGUUCUUUCAAGCAUACACGAAGAACGGAAUGUUUUCGUACGUUUGUAAUAUUUAUAGUAGAAACAGAUAAUAGACCUUGACCUUCCGUUCCAAGGUUGCGAUGGUAGCAUUCGCAAAGUGACGUCAAUGGGCUUUAGUAACUUGGUGUUAAACCAAGGGAGCCGUACUUUAAGCUAUAAAAAGUAACGGGCUACGGCUACGACUAAUCCUCACGCCGUUCUAUCAGUUAAAUAUUUCUAGUGCUGAGUAUUGGAUGUCUUUCAACUCAUGAAAAUGUAUUGCACGAUGAACGUGCCUUUUCUGUUUGUUCUUGUAGUUUGUAUUGUCCAAAGCUUAACUGAAGGACAACCCUUAGACGGUGCCCAUGGAAAUGAUAUAAUUUAUAAUGAAUUCGUAAAUGAAAACAUCGACAAAGGAGAAUACAGCUAUCGUUUUAAAACAAUAGACGAAACCGAGAAAGACGAGACCGCAUAUUUCAACGAAGAUGGCGAUUUGGUUGUCGUUGGAUAUUAUUCAUACGUUGAUCCAGAAGGGAAAAUACAUUAUGUACCGUAUAGAGCUGACAAAACUGGCUUUCAUAUCGAAAAAAUAUCCAGCGGAUCUUUUAAUUUGCCUAACGCAAUAGUUGCAUCACUCCUCGGUGGGUAAAGGUAAAUAAAUAUGUUGAAACUCUAAA